UAAGAACUUCCUCCAGUGAAAUUGAAGUUUAUUCUAACGAGUUUGGAGCAUCUUCUUACAACAUAUAAUUAAUGGCAACUAAUAUAUUGUCAUCUCUUCUACUUUCUUCGUUGUUGGUGUUUGCUUUCUUCCUUAUGCCAAUGAUAUCAGGACAAAUGGUACCAUGCCUACCUGGGGAAUGUACAGACUCAGCAGCAUGCGAUGCAGCUUGCAAAUCUAAAGGAAACGAAGGAGGCGCUUGUAUACUCAUCAGUGUUGACGCAAAGUCCGGUGAUUGUUGCUGCAAAGCUAAUAAUUUUGAAUCUCUUGAUGAUUCUUCCAUAUCUGAUGCCACCAAUGUCAUUACUAAUUAAUUUCAUCAUUUUAUAGAUAAGUACUUUUAUUAUCAUAUGAAUAAGAAAACAUUUAUAAAAAUAUGUUUGAGUAUGGAUUCUAUAUCCCAUAUAACGGUAUUAUAAUGUGGUUCCCGUUUGAC